AUGUCUGACCAGUUGCUCUCUAAUGAGCGGUCUUUACCCCUCUUCAGGCGGUUGUGUUACGCAGCUGGUCACUUUUUGAACGACCUUUGCGCGUCAUUAUGGUUUACCUACCUAUUGGUCUACUACCAUUCCGUGCUUGGGUUCAAGAGCACAUAUGCAGGUGUAUUGCUGUUUAUAGGUCAAAUAGCGGACGGUGUCUCCACGCCCCUUGUCGGUAUCGAGUCGGAUCGAACAGCUGGAUGUGGAGCAUAUGGCAAAAGAAAAACUUGGCAUUUAGUCGGCACUAUCAGCGUACUUAUCUCCUUUCCCUUCAUAUUUAACCCGUGUCUGGGAUGUGGUGACAACACUCCACAGUGGGUGUGGCUCACCUAUUUCACCCCCUUCAUCAUCAUCUUCCAGUUUGGCUGGGCCGCCACCCAGAUCUCCCACCUGUCACUCAUCCCAGAGCUGGUGUCCAGUGAGCAUGCCAAGGUGGAGCUCACUGCCUACAGGUAUGCGUUCACGGUGGUGGCCAAUAUUACAGUGUAUGCUGUGGCCUUGUUACUCUUUCACUUCCAGGCCCAGCAGACUGGAGAUCCCUCUGUCACUGACAGCUUGGGCAUUGUUGACAUCCCCAUAUUCAGGGAUCUGUCCCUCAUUGUGCUGGGGAUCGGGGCAGUGUUUUCUUUCGUCUUCCACCUGGGUACCCGAGAGAGGGUUCCUCACAGGGAAGAGCCAGGCUCGCAGAAUGAUGAGAGUCAACCCCUGAUCUCCCCAACUUCCCAUAACACUAUACCCCAAUCUCUCCUCCAAUGGAAUCAUUGGCUGAAGGAGCCUUCAUUUUACCAGGUUGCUUUUCUGUACAUGUGCACCAGGUUGAUAGUCAACUUGUCCCAGACCUACGUUUCCAUGUAUCUCAUCAACUCCUUAUUGCUACCAAAGAACUUCAUUGCCACCGUUCCUUUAGUGAUGUAUGUCAGUGGGUUUGUGUGCUCUCUGGUCAUGAAGCCAAUCAGCAAGCUUGUAGGCAUUAGUAUGACUUAUUUGCUAGGCCUUGUGCUGAUCCUGGGGUUUUCCUCCUGGGUGUUGGUGGGCAUGAACAUAGGGAGGCUGAUCUAUGGAGCUGCUGUACUGCUGGGUGCAGGCUCUGCCACCAUCCUGGUCAUGUCGCUCUCCAUGACGGCCAAACUGAUUGGAGAACAGACGCAAAGUGGGGCCUUUGUGUACGGGGCGAUGAGCUUCACAGAUAAGGUGGCCAAUGGCAUUGGUGUCAUCAUAAUCCAGAGACUGCAUCCCUGCAAUUCACAAGACAGCUGUCCAGAAAGUGUGUGGUUCUAUCGAGAUGUCAUGGUGAUUGUGACCGGGGGUGUGGCCUUAGCAGCAGCAUUUUCCCUAUGCACCCUCCUCAUCUGGCCUAUUAGGAUCCGCCAACGUUUACCCAGUACUUCUGUCCAGAUGGAGGCAGAAGACAACAGAGAAUGA